UUGGACCAUUGUCAUUAUUACACAUUAUAUUGUGCGCUAUUUUUUUUCCGCUUAAAAAUUCUAAUUGUAAAUCGUAGUAGUUCAUAAUACGCAAUGCUCGAAAUAAACGGUCGACCGAUUAUUAUAUGACUGUGAACGAUGUUGAAAUCGCUGCCUUAAUUCUCAGACGCGCCACAAUAGUUUCGCACAUGUGAUCGCGCGCUGUUUGUCUAACAUCUCGCUCUCGCGUUGCUGUAUUAUACAUUUAUUAUAAAUAUCGUGAGAGCAAUUUUAGAAGUCCGCAAUGAAGGCGUCGGUGUGUAUUCUAUUUCUUGUGCUUUGCGGAACGGGACUCAUUAGCGGCGAUGACAAAGGAGUGUCACAGAAUGUCUCUCAACCGACUGCAGCUGACAAUGAACUUAAAAAUGUUCCAAGUACGGUGUCUACCUCCGAAAUGCCGACAGUCGCUAGUAAUGAGACAAAAACCAAUAUGACCGAAAAAUCAACAGUAGUCACGCCCAGUGAGCCAGUAUUGCCGAAAAAAGGAUCGGCUGAAGAAGAACGCAACAGUUCAAUUGCCAUUUUCUUUGUGCUCAGCGUUCUUGCUCUAGGGAUACUGCUCAUUCAUCUCAUGUUGUCCACACAUUUUCAAUAUUUACCCGAAAGUGUUGUAAUUGUGUUUCUCGGUGCUGUUAUUGGUCUCAUUAUUAAUCUCAUGUCUGAACAGCAUAUUGCAAAUUGGCGCAACGAGGAAGCAUUCUCUCCGACAGCAUUUUUCCUCGUCCUGUUACCUCCAAUUAUAUUUGAAUCUGGUUACAAUUUACAUAAAGGAAAUUUUUUUCAAAACAUUGGUUCUAUUUUAGUGUUUGCUAUUAUUGGCACCACUAUAUCAGCUUUAGUUAUUGGUGCUGGUAUCUAUGUUCUUGGUCUAGCUCAGGUAGCUUACAAAUUAAGUUUUGUUGAAAGCUUUGCGUUUGGAUCCUUAAUUUCAGCUGUUGACCCUGUAGCCACAGUAGCUAUUUUCCAUGCGUUGGAUGUAGAUCCUGUGUUGAAUAUGUUGGUAUUUGGAGAAAGUAUAUUGAAUGACGCAAUUGCUAUUGUAUUGACUACAUCAGUAUUACAGUCCAAUGGACCAGCCAUGAGUACUUCAGAGGCUGUAUUGACAGGCAUCAAGCAGUUCUGUUUGAUGUUUUUUGCUUCAGCUGGUAUUGGAGUAAUAUUUGCCUUAAUCAGUGCACUGUUAUUGAAAUAUGUAGACUUGAGGAAAACACCUUCAUUAGAAUUUGCUAUGAUGUUGGUAUUCACUUAUGCACCUUAUGUCUUGGCUGAAGGCAUUCAUUUGUCAGGAAUAAUGGCUAUUUUAUUUAAUGGUAUUGUCAUGUCACAUUACACUCAUUUCAAUUUAUCAACUGUCACACAAAUUACAAUGCAACAGACAAUGAGAACAUUGGCAUUUAUAGCUGAAACGUGUGUAUUUGCUUAUCUUGGACUAGCAUUAUUCAGUUUCAGAUUACACUUUGAACCAGCUUUAGUUAUUUGGAGUUUAAUUCUAUGUUUAAUUGGACGUGCUUGCAAUAUAUUCCCAUUGGCUUAUUUGUGCAAUAAAUUCAGAGAACAUCAAAUUACAAAACAUAUGAUGUUUAUUAUGUGGUUUAGUGGAUUAAGAGGAGCUAUUUCAUACGCAUUGUCAUUGCAUUUAGAAUUCAGUAACGAAACAAGACAUGUGAUAAUCACAACUACAUUAUGUAUAAUAUUAGUCACAACUUUGUUGUUUGGUGGUUCAACAAUGCCACUAAUGAAGGUAAUUGUUUCUUAUUUUGAAAAAAAAACUCAAUACUUAAUUGUUACUUUUCAGAUUUUACAAUCAUCAAAAGCUGGGAGAAACUCUCAUCGCCGAAGAAAAGAUAAAGCUAUCUCUCUUAGUAAAACAAAAGAAUGGGGGCAAGCAAUUGAUUCUGAGCAUUUAUCAGAACUAACUGAAGAAGAAUUGGAAGUUAAUUUUAUUCAAUCAAGAAUCAGCGGAUUUGCUAAAAUGGACAUAAAAUACUUUAUACCAUUUUUCACUAGACGUUUUACACAAGAAGAAUUGAAAGAUUGUAAAACCCAAAUGACAGAUUUAACUAAUCAAUGGUAUCAGGCAAUUCGUAUAUCACCAACUGCAUCAGAUGAUGAUAAGACAGCAAACAAUGGACAGCCCCAGACAUCUAGCCGUCAAUCGAGUUGACAAUUACAGCAACCACCUGUUGUGAGGCAAAGUAAUAAUUUGUUAAGUGACAUUCAGAGCUUGUCUGCAUCGAGUUUACCACAUACAACCAGCCAACCGCAAUAAUUUUAACUACUUUACUAUUUAAUGUACUUAAUGUAUACAAAAAAUAUAAACAGAAUUUAUUCCAAAUAUUCUGAUAACUGGUUCACAAAUUUGUAACGAUCAUUGUGAAUUAUGACUUUCAGAAAAUUUGGUGUAAUUGAAAUGUACUUUAACACUUGAAGUCUGAAUAUAAACAACAAAUAUACUUGCA